AUGAUUAGAUUGGAGGAAUCAUUCGGUAGGGAACUCCAUUCUCAAAGUUUUUGGUCUCGUCACAAGAAACUGUUGUUCUCCUUAGGUGUAUUGGGUACUCUUGGUUCCUAUCAAGCAAUCACAAGUGCCCAAAAUGGGGCAUCUUUGAUCUAUGGUGCAGAAUAUCAAGAGCCAAGUUGUCCUAAGAUUGAAGCAGUGGUGCCAGCGUUUGAAAAGUCUGUCAAUUUGAUUCUUAAUGACGACGAAUACAAGAAAGCAACUAUUGAAAGGCUAUCUGGCGCAAUUCAAAUUCCUACCGAAAUUGAAGACGUCUAUCCAUCGCCAAAAGAAGAUCCUGAUUAUUUCAAGUAUUUCUAUCAAUUCCAUGAUUAUUUGGAGAAGACUUUCCCCUUAACUUACCAACAUUUGAAAGUUGAAAAAGUCAACGAAAUUGGUCUUCUGUAUACAUGGGAGGGUUCUGACUCAUCUUUAAAGCCUGUCAUUUUCAUGGCUCAUCAAGAUGUAGUCCCAGUCAAUAGAAGAACCUGGGAUGAAUGGGAAUAUCCUCCUUUCUCUGGUUAUUACGACGAAGAGACUGAUUAUAUCUGGGGUAGAGGUGCCAGCGACUGUAAGAACUUGCUGACUGCAGAAUUGGAAGCAGUUGAACAAUUGAUCAAAGAUGGUUACACUCCACAGAGAACUGUUUUGGUUUCCUUUGGAUUUGACGAAGAAUCAAGUGGUACAGAGGGUGCACAACAACUAAGUCAAUUUAUUGAACAAAGAUAUGGUGAAGACAGCAUUCACUCAAUUGUAGAUGAGGGUAAUGGUGUAGAUUUUAUUGAUGAUCAUCUUGCUAUGGCUGCUCCAGUGAACGCUGAAAAAGGUUAUGUGGACACUUUAAUCACAAUCAAUGGACACGGUGGACAUUCUUCGGUGCCCCCUGACCAUACUACAAUUGGAGUAGCAGCUCAAUUCAUCAAAGAAUUGGAGGCACAUAGUUUCAAGUACCAGUUUGAACCUGACAAUCCGAUCUACCAACUCUUAACCUGUACCGCCGAACAUUCAGAUACUAUUUCACCUAAAUUGAAAAGAACCAUUUUGGGUGCAUCCAAGUCCCAUGCAAAAAAGAAGGAACUUGGAAAGUUUUUAGCCUCCCAUAGAAGUUGGCGUGAUCUUAUCAGAACUACUAGUGCCGUGGACAUUAUCACUGGAGGUAUUAAAGCAAAUGCACUUCCUGAGGUAACAAGUUUCCUCGUAAAUCACAGAAUUGAUAUUCACUCAUCUGUUGAAGAGACUUUGGAUGUCGAUGUGUACUAUGCUAAGAAGAUCGCGAAGAAGUUUGGUUACGGAGUUUCAUUAAACGGUGAAUACUUGGUACCUGAAACGGAGUUGGGGACCAUUGAAAUUAUUGCUCGUGACUCAUUGGAGCCUGCGCCUAUUUCACCAACUUCUGGUCCAGUUUGGGAUUUGUUUGCGGGUACUAUUCAAAACGUCUUUGAGAAUGGUGUGUUUGCUGACAGGGAAGAUGUUGAAUUUUAUGUCGCUACUCAUCUAUCCUCAGGUAACACUGAUACCAGAUACUAUUGGAAUUUGACCAGGUACAUCUAUAGGUUCAUUGCUUCCCUGGUAGACAGCAGUACUGCUGGCACCACCCACUCGGUUAAUGAAAGAAUAAAGGCAGAUAGACACAUAAGUGCCAUAGCGUUUGUCUACCAAUAUAUUGUCAAUACUGGUAAUGUUAGGGACUAG